AUGACUAUAAUCGCCCAAUAUGGCGAAUCUGACUCCAGCGAACCUGCACCUCCGGUAGAGUCAGACCACGGAGACGUGCUGUGUCGAGCUAAGGAGCUGCAAGCCGAGGUUGAGCAGUUUGCUGCACAUCUCUGCAAUGUCUACCGAGGAUAUUUUCAGGAAUUUCCUCAAAAUAUGCAUAUUUCAUUCUAUCACGAUGUAUUGUCUGAGGUUCAAAACUUGGAGAAUGACAUCAACUCUGAAGAUCCUUUCUCUGCACACCGCAUAUCCUCCUCCAACCUUCCUUACCUUCAUGCCGUAUGGAGUACUGCAAAGAGCUCCAAGAAUAUUGUCAAAUUGAGACACCCCGUAUUCAGUGGGCCCUUCAAACGCCGUAUUUUGGCACCUGGAAUUCGAAUCAAAGAUAUUCUGAGCCAGGGUGGAUCUGAGCCCAAGCGAAAUCAAAACGGUCGCUCUACUCGCAUCGACGUUAUUUGUGAUGGAGGGUUGUUGUGGUACAAGGUCUCGACCAUCACGAAUAGGAGACUGCUGUUUGAUAUGGCGAAAGAGUCCAUAUAUUGCGGAGAUAGCGACGAUAGUGACUCGAGUAGUGACACAUCCCAGGAUUUUUCUGAUGUUCCACUAGUGAAGAUGGCUAGGACCUUGAAGACGAUAGCUCAAGGGCACCAGAUCCGCAAUACUACUCCAACUAUAUGUCUCGUCUUGCCACGAAUACAAGAAGGAGAGUAUGUUGAAGUCGAUAAAAUAGUUAAGUUCUGCCGGGACAUGGAUGUCAAUGUUUCUUGUGGCGAUAAGUUGCCUGUUUCAUUGCCCCUUUCAGAUGACUUGCUUCAUGAAAUGGUGCCAAGUCCGAAGAGAAAUAUCACUUCGGAACUCAAUAUCGACACCUCAGUUCUCGUGGCGCUUACAUCCGAUAUCUCCCACCUUCGAGUGACGCCGCAGUCGUGGUUUGGGCAAUCUCAGAAAGACCACAUUGACCUAGAAGCACACGAUCCCCUCACACCGCAGCUUUGUUCACUUUUAGGUAAUCACCAACUAGUAUGCACGAAGGAAGCGGCGGCUUCUCUCGCCCGGAUUGUACACACUAUGGGAACUGUUACGGAGAAUGCCCGAGCUCACCUCCUACUGACACCCGAUGACACCAAAACCCGGGAACAGCGGCUUGAAGAAUUCCGUGCGUUGUCAAUCCACGCCAGCAGUAUGCCAUCAUGCUUGCAGCUACCGAUCCGAGUUUUGGAUUCCGAUACCAAUCUUGAUCAAGAUGUUUACCAGAUUCAAUCAGAUGCCUUAAUUCAGGAGAAGCUCAAUUCUUUGGCCCAGCCAGGAAGAUCAGUCUUCUCAUCUGGAUGGGCCAAGGGUCUCACGACAAUUACAUGCAAUGUUUUGGCAGUGAAGCAGCUUGAAAAGAAUUUGGAAGAACUCCCAAGCUUAGAUAUAUCGCAAUGGCCCUCGAUUUGGGCGUUCUCCUCAUCUCGACCUCUUGUCGGUGUACGCAAGGGGAGCAGUGAACAGCGUAUACGUAAACAUAUCGGAGAUUGCCGUGCCACUUGUAUCUGUGGUCUCGAUGAGUUCAAGAAAGGCCAAGUUUCUCAAUUGGCAUGCUGA